CUUGUCGAGCAAACACUGAGCUCUGCGUUCCCAUUCAUUCAGUGCAGAACUGGCUCUCAGAGCAGGACAGAGCGCACCGCCGUCUGCGACCCCACGACGCUGUUUUUUUUUUUUUUUCGCACAAGAGCGCAGAGUCCCCCACGCAACAAUAGUAACAGCCAGAACCCACACUGAACUCUCCGCAGACACCCAGACGAGCAAAGAAACUCUUGGAUAUAAACCUCUUCGUCGCGUCAAGAUAUUUUACGCAUUUUUUCCCUUUGACUCCACAUCCAUUCCUUCGGGACUUCUACUAUUAACUGGGUUGUCUUUACGUUCAAAUCGGCCUCCAAGUGCGCAGCAGUUCUCCGGGGGUGCCUUCCAUCCCUCUUUUCCUUCUCCAUCAAAACUCCAACGUGGAUUUACUUCGUUUUUAUCACGGGACAAAUGCAUGCGUAACGCGCGCACUAAACUUUUUCCUAAAACUGACCAAGAAAAGGGAAUUACGCAAAGGGAUACACACUCGCACUUGGAUUAACAGACUGUGAAUGUUAUGCAUUAGAACUUCCAGUCUCUCUGGACAUUGCCCCUUCCUCUUGAAUGGAGUUUUCCUAGGCUGUUUGGUUGAUGGAUUCGACAUUAUGGACGGUUGCAUAUAGGUUUUCCGAUGCAUGCCAAGUCCACGGUGAAUGUCGGAAGUGGUGAUACCCCCAGAUGGAGCUCCAAAGUCAACAUGGCCCCGGCGGUUCAUUAGUGGUGAUCCAGCAGCCUUCCCUAGAGAGCCGGCAGAGGUCGGAUUACGAGCGGGAGCUCCAGCAUGCCGCCAUUCUCUCCCUGGAGCAAAUCAAGGCCAUCCGCUCCAGCAACGAGUACACUGAGGGGCCCUCAGUGGUACGAAGGCCCCCUGCGCCCCGCAUGGCCCCCAGACCCCAGGACAAGCAGGAGAGGACUCACGAGGUCAUCCUCGUCAAUGUGAACAACAACUAUGAGCAUCAGCCCUCGGGUCACCACCAUCACAUUGGCGGUAGUGUAGUGGUCGUACCUGGGGGACAGCAGUAUGGUGGGUCCCGGGCCCCGGGUCUCAGCCGCUCCACUAGCACAGGAAGUGCUGCCAGUUCAGGGAGCAACAGCAGUGCCUCUUCUGAGCAGGGACUCUUGGCAUGCUCACCUCCCACCAGGCCCGGCAUGAGCUUACAGCACCACCACAGAGCAGAGCGGCCUGUUCGGACUCAGCCCAAGCCUAAGGCCUUUUUACAGCCCCAGCAGGGACCUCACUUCCACCAGCCUCCGCCAGAGGCACCACUCAAGCCUCAGGGCAAAGGGAAAUCAGACUUUCCGGGCUCUGGUAAGGGGAUGGUGGCUGCAGCCGGGCACCAGUUUAUCUGUGAGCGUUGUGGGAAGUGCAAGUGCAGCGAGUGCACGGCUCCCAGGAGCCUGCCCUCGUGUCUGGCGUGCAACCGCCAGUGCCUCUGCUCGGCUGAGAACGCACUGGAGCACGGCACGUGCAUGUGCCUGGUCAAGGGCAUUUUCUACCACUGCUCGAAUGACGAUGAGGGGGACUCGUGUGCUGACCACCCCUGCUCACUGUCACACUCCCACUGCUGCUCUCGGUUCCUGUGCAUGGGAUUAAUGUCGGUACUCUUUCCAUGUCUGCUAUGCUACCCUCCUGUCAAGGGCUGUCUGAAGGCAUGCCAGGGCUGCUACGACCGGGUUAACAGGCCCGGCUGUCGCUGCAAGAACUCCAACACUGUCUUUUGCAAACUGGAGAGCUGGGCCCCACAGAGCCAGGAGAAGCCCUCCUGAUCGGCCCUGUGUGUUUGUGAAUGCGUGUGCGUGGGAGACUCUUGGAUAUGAUGACAAUAAUAAUGAUGAUAGUCACAAAUUAAUGUUUAUCAAACAUUUUAAGCACCUCCCACCAGCCUCCCCUCCUCACUGUGGAACCCUAAGGAGCUAAGCAAAGGAGUAACGAAAACCACUCAAUUAUUUUUAUUUUUUUUUCUGGAUCAGGACCAUGUUUUACAGACCAGUGUUUGCCUUAACUGUUUCUAUGUCUAUCCUCAGCUCCUCAUUAACACUAUUUUUUAUAUAUCAAAAGUUUUUCUUCCGUUUUUAGGUAGGUGGUUUCCACUGGCUCUCUGAGCCCGGUGGGAGCUGCCUCUCACCAAAUCUGUGAAGGACGAUCUAUUAUAGGGCAAUUAUGUAGCUGUUACCUGGUAUUCAUAGCAAGCAGGUAUGUUUGAAUUAUCGGUUGCUGCCACAUUAAAACUGUGGUUCCAUGUUUCAUUAAUGAAAGCACAUCCAUCUCAUAGUAUUUUGCCUCCACUUGGAUAUGUUUCUCUUCUUCCACCCAUCUGAACUUUUCAUACACAUUCUGUGGCAUUCUCCCAUGUUUUUUUGUUUGUUUGUUUGUUUUAUUUUCUUUUUUGUGUAAAUUGUAUGCUCAAAAUCCAUAAGAGGAAUUCUGGCUAUUUUUUAAAAGAAAAAAUGUCUGUUAAAACAUUUUUUUGUUGUAAAAAAUAUUUAUUAUGUGAAGCUCUAUUAUUUUAUGAUAUUUAUUGCAAGAGACAGUCUUAAAUUUACUCAUGUCUGAAUAUAACAAUAUCAAAUACUUACUGAAAAAUUAAAGGGUGGCACAAAAGAAAACUAUGUUAACUUUAAUGCAGAAAAUAUAUUAAUUAAUGAAAAAA